AGCACAAAGCAAACGCGCCGCGCCGCGCCGCAAGCCACCCGGCGACGGCGAUGCCCCACCGCCGCCGCCACUCCGCGGAUCCCGCCGUCUCCGAGGACGUGGUGGAGGCCCCGUCUCCGCGGCCGUCCUCCGCCGGCUGCUACACCUUCCUCCUCCGCUCCUCGUCCCGCCGCGGCGGGUACCGCCGCCUCGACAGCCCGGCGGCGGCGGCGGACGUGAUCAGGGUGGAGGUGGGGACGGGGAAGGGGGAGAGGAGCGUGUUCCACGUGGACCCGGCGGUCCUCGAGGCCGGGCCGGUGCGGCGCCUCCUCGCGGCUGCCGGGCGACGGACCCCCGGCGGCGCGGUGGCGGUGGCCGUGGACGCGCUGCUGUUCGAGCACCUGCUGUGGCUGCAGGCGUCCCGGAACAAUGGGCUGCUCGGCAACGACAACGACGACGACGACGACUCAGCCGCCGCCGACCUGUCGGAGAUCGUCGAGUUCUACUCGCAGGACGACGUCGACGGCGAUGCCGGCCACCACGGGUUGUAAAAUCAAAUCGAUCUCUCCAAAAUUGCAUCAUUUAUAUAGCUCUCUAUAUGUAUACACGAUCAUAAUCCCUACCAAAAAUAGAAGUAAGGUGGUGGUUUAUACCUAAUUUAAUUACUACUGUGAAUCACAAAUGAGACAAAUUUGGGUGUAAAUACCAUGGUUGGUUAAUGGGAUGCAAGUCUGCCCCUAAUACUUUGCUUAAUUAAGUGGUAUUUUAUCACCUUAUUAUGAUCAUCA